GAAGAACAAUUGUAUUUUGAGCUGCUCCCCUUUGAUAAACAGUACUCAUGAUAUAAGAUGGCAAGUGGCUGAUUAGCGUAAUCCAGACAAAAGCCAGAAGGAUCGAACCUUGAUUGGGAGGUGGAGGAUGAUGCUCUUAAAGCCUAGGUCAUGUGACAAUGUUUACGGCGGUGCCUUCCAGGCAGAGCGGGCACAUUCAUACCGGGGUCCAUUUUGGCAUCUUCAUCGGCCAUGUCGGUCCACCGUCACUCUGUAAGAGAGGCCUGGAAACAUGACAGUGAUCUGGAAAAGGAAAAUUGGGACUCAUCCCCAAAAGCAUCAACUAAGAAGCCCAAGAAGAAGAAGGAGGAGGCCAACAGCACAAACGAGGCCAAACUGAACGGCGAAGCCAAGAUAAAAAAGAUCAAAACAAAAAAGAACGAAGAGGCUUCAGAGUUGCAAAAUGAGAAAAAGGUGAAGAAAAAGAAGCUCGACAAAAAUAAAGAACUAGACAAAGAUAAGGAAAAAGAAAAAGACAGCAAAAAGAAAACCAAAAGUGCCCCCAAAAAGAAGAAAGCAGGCUCCGUCACUGACGAGGACGAGGAGGAGGAGGAGGAGGAGGAAGAGACUCCAAAAAAGAAAACCAAAAAGAAGACAAUCAAAGACAGCUCGCCAUCACCAAGCGCCGCCAAAGAAAAGAAGUCUAGAUCGAAAGAAGACAAGGAUUCUGACGGAAAGGAGAAGAAAUCAAAGUCAAAAGAGAAAGACAAAAAGAGGGAAGCUGCAUCCUUGUUCCAGAUAAACGGUGACAAGGACUCGAAGAGCAAGAAGAAAGCCUCCAAAUCAGAGAGCGACGACAGUGAAGAGGAGACCAAGUCGACUAAGUCCAAAAAGAAAUCCGCCGCGAGCUCCACAUCGUCUUUAUUCCAAACGACAGGAGACAAAGACAAAGAAAAGAAAACAAAGAAGAAAGGCAAGCUUACCACAUGCUUACUCCACAAUUUUAACCACAAAUUCCAAAACAUCUUGCUUUCUUCAGCCAAAGCAGAAGAGAGCGAUGACUCGGAUUCAGAAAGAGAAGAAAAAUCCAAAAAGAAGAAAGGCAAAGGAAAAAAGAAAAAGGAAAGAGCGCCGUCACCUGAGAUUGAGUUUGACAACUUGGAAAAGUUUGUGAUGGAACCUGCGCCUCAAGGCGCGACUGUCAAAUGCAGAGUGACUCGGGACCAACGGGGGAUGGAUAAGAGCAUGUAUCCUCUGUACUACCUUCAUCUUGACAAUGAGAAGAAGACAUUUUUGUUAGCUGGCAGGAAGAGAAAGAAAAGUGCAACAUCAAACUAUCUCAUCUCCAUUGACGCCACAGAUUUGUCAAGAGGUGGUAAUAACUUCGUUGGAAAGCUGAGGUCCAAUUUAAUGGGCACAAAGUUCACUGUCUUUGACAAUGCUCUAAAUCCAGAAAGAGCCCUUCCGGACAUGUCUAAUGCACGGCAGGAGUUGGCAGCCAUUAUCUAUGAAACAAAUGUCUUGGGGAUGAAGGGACCCAGAAGGAUGUCUGUUAUCAUUCCAGGCAUGGAUAAGAACAAUGAACGAGUACCUCUCCGACCCAGAAGUGAAUAUGACGGCCUAUUGAUGCGACACCAGAACAGAAGGCUGGAGAAUCUGAUCGAGCUUCACAAUAAGACGCCCGUGUGGAACGAGGAAACGUCGUCACAUGUGCUCAACUUUAAUGGCAGGGUCACUCAGGCCUCCAUCAAGAACUUCCAAAUUGUCCACAGCAAAGAUCUGGACUACAUCGUGAUGCAGUUUGGACGAAUAGCUGACGACAUAUUCACACUGGAUUACAAGUACCCCAUAUGCGCAGUGCAGGCCUUCGCCAUCGCGCUCUCUAGUUUCGAUGGGAAAAUCGCCUGCGAAUAAAUUCAGUUUGUUGCCUCAUAGGUUGCACUCACAUACACACCUGUCAGACCAACACAGGCCUUUGAAUACGCCGUAAAAUGUUGUGUUUUAAGUAGGGCUGUCAAACGAUUAAAAUUUUUAAUCGAGUUAAUUACAGCUUAAAAAUUAAUUAAUCGCAAUUAAUCGCAAUUCAAACCAUUUAUAAAAUAUGCCAUAUUUUUCCGUAAAUUAUAUAUAUAUUCUGUAAAAUAAAUUGUUGGAAUGGAAAGAUAAGACACAAGAUGGAUAUAUACAUUCAACAUACGGUACAUAAAGACUGUAGUGGGCAUUUCACUCUACUGUCAUUUAAAUCUGUCUAUGCUGUCCUCACUCCGAAGCGUCUACUUUUUCCAAAGCUAGACAGCUAGUGAACGACGCCAUAAUAAUCAGACUUCUUUCUUUUUCAUCUGAUUUAUUAAUAGAAUAGCCUCAAACCAUUGUCCUCUUUAGACCGUCGUAAAACUACAAAAAAAUAGUACACAAGCAUUGCAUUAGCAACAACGUUAGCUUAGCACGCUAUACAGGUUCACAAAACAUAAACAAAAAGCGUCUCAUACAAAAAAUAUAACAUUUCGCUUACUAACAUAAUAUGUGCAUUAUUUACAACAUCCAUACUUACGGACAAAUCUUGUCCAAGGAUCAUAUAAGCACAACAUUACAACUAAGGCGUCAGCCCGAGAUGUCCUGCAGCCAUAUUUAACUGGCAAGACAUCAAUAAACCAUGUCGCAAAGCGACCACAAGAGUUCGCUGUUAGGCAGCACAAAAAGCCUUGCUGUAAAACUUACCAAAAAGGCAGAAUACUGUCUGAGCGGGACCUGUGCGUUAAUUGCGUCAAAUAUUUUAACGUGAUUGAUUUAAAAAAUUAAUUACCGCGCGUUAACGCGAUAAUUUUGACAGCCCUAGUUUUAAGCAAUCUGCGCCAAUAACAGAUGACAGUGACAAAGUGACUAUACCUACUGCCACUUUGCCACUGUUUUUUAGUCGUGUCAUUCCCUCCCCCCAAAAAAAUUUCAGAAUAGGUUUAGGGCCAGCUAAGUAGAAAAAAAAUACUGGUCAGUCAGAAUUCUUACUUCAUUCUCAUAAUUGUAACUUUAAGGUGCCUGCGACAGCAUAAAAAAAAACUUAAAUAGCAUUAUUAUGUGAAUUACAAUCAUAUUUUGAGACGAUUUGACUAUAGACAAUUUAGCAAAGCGCACAUGAUGAGAAAUUAGUCUUUUAACCUGCCUUUUAGCCACGCCUGUCAUUAUCGCACUCUAGCUCAACUGGAGGAUGACGUCGGCAGGGUCACGAUUUCAGUUGAUUUAGAAUUCAACUCAUUGAAAGGGAAGAUGCAGAACAAGGAAAAUACGACACAGAACAGCAAAAUGUCAUCAUUGUUUCAAUCUCUCUACUCCAAUAUUUUUACAGGAUAUUUUUUUUAUCCAAGUAUUUUUCCCCGAUUGCGAAAUAAAUGGUAUGGUCAUAACAAAUAACAGUCUUGCCCUAAAAGGAAUAUGAAAUAUUUAAAAUGCAUUUAUUCAGUACGACAGGGCAAAAUUACUGUAUAAUGGUCAAAACUGUCGACUUCUUGCACCUCCCGAACUGUAUUUUCUGCCACCGGAGUUAGUCCUGCUUUUGUCAUUUGCCUGCCCCGGCUUUGGAGACUGAAGAAAGAGUGUAAACAAAGCAGGAGGCGUGAAAGCUAGCCGACAUGCCAACCCGAAACGAGCGGCGUUUCCAAGUCUUAUUCAUGCCUUUUGAAAACGAAAAGCACACAAAACUACCCCGGAUCAUGUCACACGGCGGAGGAGUUGACUGUCUUCACCGACAGCUUGCGGCGAGCAAGUUACAGCUCGUCGUUCCCCUGCUGCGUUCCGGAGUGUUCGUUGAGGGGGAAGCAGCUGGAGAAUAGCCGCCGAGCUGCUUUUUCAAUCUCUUUCGCCUUUCAAAAAUGAAAAAAAAGCACAAAACUACCCCAACUCAUGUCACACAUGGCAGGGAGGGUGACAGCCUUCACCGAUUGGCGACGAGCAAGCUCGUCGUCCCCCUGCUGCGGGCAGGAAUGCUUGUUGAGGGGGAAGCAGCUGGAGAAUGACCGCGGGAAAAACCAGCUGACGUCGGAGGAGCGCGUGGCUGCCCGAGCCCAACCCCGAGGAUAGUGGUCUAUUGCCGGCCACACGAAGAGGGCAGAGGUGGCUGGAAGUCUGGACAAUAUGGUGAACCGCAGACGAGAGCGGGUGGCUUCACGAGCAGAAGCAGAGUAUAGCGUUCUCUCGGUGGGCACGCAAAGAGGACCGAGGGGGUGUGCGACAAGCUGUUGGUCGUCGGCCGAGUGGCCUUCUCAGUGGACAAUCAGCCACAAAAUGCAAGCCACCUCCUUAAAAUGUGCACCAUGAUCCCGGUAUUUGACAUAAUACACAACACCUAGUUACUCACUUCCUCGUAAGUCCAUUGCUCCCACAUUUGUCGGACUUGUUUGGGCCAAUCUCCGGGGUGAACGGGAACUUUUAGAAGCCCAAAAAGGCUCACACGCCUCUUCCUGGUGCAGUAACAAAAAGCUGCAGCACAACUGGCUGGCGUGAUGCGAAAAACAAACGAAUUAAUCCUCAAAAUCAGCUGAAUCCGCAGUCCAUCUGCCUGCUGUAAAGUAAUGCUGUAUUUUGAGAUGCUGACCUGGGUGACGUCACAUUAACAUUCCUCCUUAGUCUAGGAAGGCACUCAUUUUGAUGGCGUGGGAUUCAAAAAAUUUAAUAUAUAAAUCGAUCGCUUCCACACACGUCCAAGUCGUCCAUUUUAUUCAGGAGCAUAAAAUACCACGUGAAAUAUGAAAUAAACAUGCUUUUUGCUGUCAUAGGCACUUUAAGUCAGAAUUUGCACUUUAAAGUGAUGAUUUUCUGACUUUAUUCUCAGAAUUUGACUUUAAAGUCGGGAUUCUCAUUUCAACGUCAGAAUUCUGACUUUUGGGGGAAAAAAGGCCGAAUUCUGACUCUAAACUGAGAAUUAUGACUUUAAAUUUUAAAUUCGGCAAGUAAAGUCAGAAUUCUCACUUUAAAAGUGAGAAUCCUGCCAGCCAUUUUUUUCUUCACUUUCUUCCGUUCUAAUUUAAACACUAAGUAUUGAACCAAUAUAAAUAUGCACAUAUUUUUUUUGUUCGAAUCUACCUCCGCCAGAAGGUGAAACCUACCGAAGGCGGUGAUUAUGUAUUCAGUUCACUGUGUCUGUAUGUUUGAGUUCAAGAUAAUUCAAGAACAAAUAAAAGGAUUACAUAUUAAUAAACUUGCAGUAUAUGUUUAUCAUAUGAAAUAGAAGUGGUGAUUCAAUUUGGAGGCAAUAAGGUCAAAGGUCACAGACCCUGUGAAUUUGGCUGCUUAUGCAUUAAAUCUGCGCUUUCAGAGUGCUCUAGUUUCAUUGUUCAUUCAUUACGAUUUUUUGCAUCAAUUACAGUACUAUAAUUGGAUAAUCAUCUGACAUUUACUGGAAAAGUGAUUGUUUUGCCUGUCACUAUACGUUGCUAGCAUUGACUGAUAAACAAAGACUUUAUUAUUUGUUGAAAAUAAUAUUAUUUAGUCCAAUUAAGUGAAAUUUGCCAUUUCGGAGUGGUUGAAAGUCAUUGUUGUUCUAUAACAUUAUUUUACUCACUUCCAAAAGUUAAUGGUAGACUGGAUAAAUUAGCAAUAAAAUGUCAAAUCUCUCACAAAUUUUUAUCACUGUGACUAAAUGGUAAUUAUAGACUUUGUAUAGAAAAAAGCAAAUCCAAGCAUGUCGCGUACUAUAUUGAGUUCAUGCCCUGCAGUCUAAUUUGACGUGUUAGAUUUAUAUGAAGUUUUACUGCCAAUUUAUGCUUUGCAGAUCAUCCGACAGGUUUGAGUCGCCUCGAAGCUGCGCUACAAAUGAAAAACCUGUUUGAGGUGACAGGUUGAAGGCUAAGUGAGAGAAAGGUGUGUUCUGCCUCGACCUGCUCAGGCAGUUGUCCAAACUCGCAGGUUCAGUAAAGCCUUAAACGAGCACCUUUUCAGGAUGGAUGCACUCAAAAAGGAAGCACUUCCGCUCUGCGAUUUCCAACAACACACAUUUGAUGUUUAUCACUUCUAUGUUGUGUUUUAAGGAUGUGUUCCCGUAGGAAUGCUCACAAAUUUCUUAUUGACUAACAAACACUCUCUUGAAGCGCAGACUGAGAUUUGUUAGUGUCAUGAAAAAGUUUGUCUUGUGAUUUCAUACCGUCAUUGGGCAGCCACAAGGUGGCAGUAUAAGAUAAACAAACAGAUGACAAGAAAAUCACAGCUGCGCAAUAUGCUGUCGUCUCAUAUGUGUUUUCUUCGCAGAAGAUAAAGAAUACAUGCUAGUGACUUAUUUUUUGAGGCUAGCUGUUGCAUUUUUUUCAAUAUUUUGAAGAUUUGAUUUAUUCCUUACAUUGAUUGUUAUGGAAAAUGUGAGGUUACUUGCUGGCUUUACCGGCUGCUUAAAAAAGAUACAUGUUUAAUUUACAUGCAACAUUGUUGGCUCUGACAUCAUGAGCGCUGAGAUUACAAGUUUGACUUUACACACCCUCAUACUGGUUGGUGGAGACUUCACUCAUGACUAUCAAAUGCAGGGAAUGUUGCCCUACUUUUUUUUUUUUUUUUUUUAAGUAUUUUUAAACCACUUAUUACACACUGUAAACAGCAGAGCAGUUUGUGGGAUAUGCCCAAAUCACAUAUAUUACAUGAAAAAAAAAAUGUAUAAAACGAAACAUUUUGUGAAUAACUAUCAUUAUACUGGUGAAUGUGUACAUUUUUGGCCACUUAAUUAGUUGUUGUUGUUUUUUAAGUGCUAUAGAAAUAUAGUUAGGGUCUCAAUGUGGAUUUUUGUACUAGAAAUUUAGAGGGUUGAAGCAACACAUGUAGAAAAACAACAUAAUUUUAAUUCUGUUUUCAUAGUUUACAUUCCUAUUAAAUAUAAUGUUAUCGGUACAUGAUCAAAUUGUAGUGGCGUCAAAUCCGAUUAACUGGAACUGGGAGGGGCAUUGGCAGCGAAUUAUCGCCCUCCCAUAAACAUCCCAAAAUUACCCCUCUGAGACCGAUUAUCACGCUGGCAUGAUCAAUCACAUGGCAUCAUAUUUCAAAUGCUCUCCCAGUAUGUAUUUGGAACCACGGAAAAAUGUAUAUAUGGUUGCUUUAAUUUGAUGGUAGAAAAUAUGUCAACACCUGUAUGAGUCUUGGGACAUGGAAUGUUAAACAAUUAUAUAUGGAAUAUAGAGACAAAAUUGAAAAAAAAAAUUUUUUUUAAUAUGGCUUAAAAACAGCCAAUAAAUGCUCAGGACUUUAAGGGUUUAAAAGGAAGUGGCCCAGAAGCAACAGGAUGUGAACUGUAAAGGUCGCAAAAUCAACAAGAUGUGAUGCGUAAAUGGCCCAAAAUUAACUGGAAGUGACCUGUAAAUCCCUCAAAAUCAACAGGAGGUAACCAACGCAAGUGUACAGACCAGAAGCGCGAGCAUCCUCAUGCAAUUUCUCCAAAAAUUAUAUAUAUAUUUUGUAGUUUCAAUUUGGUAAGACAAUUUCAGAUAUAAAUGUUUAAAAUUAAGAGUUAGUUUAACUCUUAUAACAAGGCAGUACUGUAGUCCAGUUGACUCACUGGAUGCCAUUGACAGUCAGAGGCGGACUAGGCAAUUUUGGGGCCUAAGGCGAACAUAUCCAAAGGCCCUCUUCAUGGAUCAGGGGUUAAAAAGGUGAGAAGGGUGUGGAGGAAAUAUGUUCCGGUACACUAGGGCUGUCCUAAUUGACAAAUUUUCUCCUGAUUAGUCAGCCGACUAGUUUUAUGAUUAGUCGACUAAUAAUUUUUUAAAAAUUUUUUUUUUACUAAUUUAGCAAUGAAUUUUUUGUUGACGCUUAUUAAUUCACAAAACCAUUUUGGAACACUUAAAUUCUUUAUUAAAGUAAAAAUAAUAAUGUAAAUAACAAUAAUUAAUCACAAA